AUGUCUAGUGCCGGCAAAAAGUCCAAGGCGCUCGACGCGCCCAAGGGCAACUCCAAGGCGUUGCUGAGCGAAGCCUUCGACAAAGAUCUAUACGACAGCGGCGACAAAUACUCUGGAUACAACACCUCCAUCGCUGUUCGCGAUGAAGACGAAGAUAUGGACGAUGUCGGCGAGAUCAACGGGAGGCGGCUGGUUGCGCAAUACACGGCCACCAAGGACCAGCUCAACGAGUUUGCGCAUGGAGACACAGAGGAGGCGGACAUUCUCAUGAGUCGAGAGGAGCAGGCCCAGAUUGCGUCGCGCGAAACCGAUUAUCAGAGGCGUCGCUUUGACCGCAGACUUUCACCCUCUGGUGAGGAGAAGAGGAGUUACAAGGAGGUAAUGAAAGAGCGCGAGCUAGAGCGCGAAGAGGCCCGAGUGAAGAGACUCAUCGAGGAAAGGGAAGCAAAGGGGAACGAAGUUCUCGAUCAUGUACCCACGCUCAAGGACGGCGCAAACGGCACGGUUGCUGUCAACGGUGAUAAAACACCGCCUAUGGACAAGUCGACCAGGCGUAAGCGUCGCUGGGACGUUACCAACGAGGAAGAGCCUACAGGAGAGGAGACCAAGAAGGAAGAUCGUAGGGACAGUACCAGCGUGGAAGAACGGUCGAAAGAAGAAGUCAAGAAAGAGCGCGGAACGAAGAAAACCAAAUGGUCGGACGCGACUCCUGCGGCUGACGCUGCGAUGGCCGCAACACCAGCGCCUGAUGCACCUGUACGGUCGCGUUGGGAUACGACAGCCGCUCCAACAACCAUUGCGGGUCCGUCGCCUAGUCCCGGGGUAGUCCCGGGCCCUGUUGCUCCUAUGAUGAGCUUUGGAACCGACAUUUCUUCGCGAAACGCACCUUUAUCCGAUGAGAUGCUAGACAUGAUGCUUCCCAAGGAGGGAUACAAGAUCCUGACCCCUCCUCCCGGCUACGAGCCUCUGCGCAGACCAGUUGGGAUACCCCAGCUGCCUACAGGUUAUAACGGCUUCCUCCUUCCCGAGGAAGGUCCGAGCAAUCUGAUGGGAAAGCAACUACCGACGGAGAUCCCUGGUGUGGGAGACCUGCAAUUCUUCAAGACUGAAGACAUGAAGUACUUUGGGAAGCUUGUUGAUGGUGCUGACGAGAAUGAAAUGACUGUCGACGAGCUCAAGGAGCGAAAGAUCAUGCGAUUGCUGUUGAAGGUCAAGAAUGGCACGCCCCCAAUGCGCAAGACCGCGCUUCGACAGCUUACCGACAACGCGCGCCAGUUUGGCCCUGGACCGCUCUUCGACCAGAUUCUGCCUCUGCUGAUGGAGCGUACCUUGGAAGAUCAGGAACGCCACUUGCUCGUCAAAGUCAUUGACCGCAUCCUCUACAAACUUGACGAUCUCGUCCGUCCAUACGUUCACAAGAUCUUAGUUGUCAUCGAGCCCUUGCUUAUCGAUCAGGAUUACUACGCGCGUGUGGAAGGGCGUGAAAUCAUUUCUAAUCUCGCCAAAGCUGCUGGUUUAACUCACAUGAUCAGCACCAUGCGUCCGGAUCUCGAUCACAACGACGAGUAUGUUCGCAACACGACCGCUCGUGCUUUUGCAGUUGUCGCAUCGGCGCUCGGAAUUCCAGCUCUUUUGCCAUUCAUCCGGGCUGUCUGCAGGAGCAAGAAGUCGUGGCAAGCUCGCCACACUGGUGUGAAGAUUGUCCAGCAGAUUCCCAUCCUCAUGGGCUGUGCCAUUCUUCCUCAUUUGAAGGACCUCAUUGAGUGCAUUUCGGAGAACUUGAACGAUGAACAGCCGAAAGUACGCAUGGUUACUGCUCUUGCGCUUGCCGCACUCGCCGAGGCAUCCGCUCCAUACGGCAUUGAGUCUUUCGACAACAUUCUUAAUCCCCUGUGGACGGGCGCUAGAAGACAGCGCGGGAAAUCGCUUGCAGCUUUCCUAAAAGCCGUGGGCUACAUCAUCCCGCUCAUGGACGAGGAGUUCUCUAACUACUACACCGGUCAAAUUAUGGAUACUCUGAUACGCGAGUUCCAGUCCCCGGACGAUGAGAUGAAGAAGGUCGUGCUCAAGGUAAUAUCUCAGUCCGCAGGCACUGCAGGUGUCACGCCCACCUUCCUCAAAGACAAAGUUCUGGAUGAGUUUUUCAAGCACUUCUGGGUCCGCCGCAUGGCUCUGGACAAAAGAAACUAUCGCCAAGUUGUCGAGACCACGGUCGACCUGGCUCAGAAAUCAGGCGUUCCAGAAAUCGUCGGCCGUAUCGUGAAGAAUCUGAAGGACGAGAGUGAAGCGUAUCGGAAGAUGACGAUCGAGAGUAUCGACAAGAUUAUCAGCACAUUGGGUGCGUCAGGUCUUGAGACACGCCUCGAAGAGUUACUGGUCGAUGGCAUAAUCACUGCCUUCCAGGAACAAACGGUUGAAGAUCCCAUCAUCAUCGAUGGCUUUGCAACAGUUAUGAACGCUUUGGGGGAACGCGCGAGACCAUACAUGACCCAAAUCGUAGCAAUCAUCCUGGCACGGUUGAACAACAGAAGUCCUUCAAUCCGUCAACAAGCGGCCGAUCUCAUUUCGCGGAUUACCUUCACCAUGUCCAAAUGUGAUGACGACCCUCAUCUUGUGUUGCUUUCCCAGGCACUCUACGAAUACUUGGGUGAAGAGUACCCUGAGGUGCUUGGUUCCAUCCUUGGCGCUCUUCGAGCUAUAGUCACUGUGGUUGGUCUACAUGCUAUGCAACCUCCGGUCAAGGAUCUACUCCCUCGUCUCACUCCCAUCCUUCGCAAUCGUCACGAGAAGGUCCAAGAGAACACCAUUGAUUUGGUGGGCCGGAUUGCCGACCGAGGUCCGGAGUUUGUUCACGUACGUGAAUGGAUGCGCAUUUGCUUCGAGCUGUUGGAGAUGCUCAAAGCUCACAAAAAGGGUAUUCGCCGGGCAGCUAACAACACCUUCGGCUACAUAGCCAAAGCAAUCGGACCUCAGGAUGUGUUGGCUACUCUUCUGAACAAUCUUCGGGUUCAGGAGCGUCAGUCCCGUGUCUGUACUGCUGUUGCUAUCGGCAUCGUCGCUGAGAGCUGCGCUCCGUUCACUGUCCUUCCCGCUCUUAUGAACGAGUACCGUGUCCCUGAGCUGAAUGUACAGAAUGGCGUCCUGAAAGCUCUCUCCUUCAUGUUCGAGUACAUCGGUGAGAUGGCAAAAGAUUACGUCUACGCGGUUACGCCCCUCUUGGAGGAUGCCCUGAUCGAUCGUGAUCAGGUCCAUCGGCAAACUGCGGCUGCGGUGGUCAAACAUCUGGCUCUUGGAUGCAUCGGUCUCGAUUGCGAGGAUGCGAUGAUCCAUUUGCUCAACCUCCUGUGGCCCAACCUUUUUGAGACCAGUCCCCACGUUAUUGACAGAAUCAUCGAAGCCAUUGAGGGUAUUCGAAACGCUGUCGGCACCCCACUAGUGAUGAACUACAUCUGGGCUGGCCUCUUCCAUCCCGCGAAGAAAGUUCGUCAGCCGUAUUGGCGCCUCUACAAUGAUGCCUACGUCCAAUCUGCGGAUGCAAUGAUUCCUGCUUACCCUCAUUUCGAAGAUGAAGUAAUUCGGAGGCACGAGUUGGAUAUCUUCAUCUGA